GAAGAAGCCGGGCGGGUACAAUUAGCCUCUUGUGUCGCGCCCAUGGCCGCCCCCCCUCCUGUCCGGUCCUGCCACAUAGCUGAAUAAAUCCAGCCUCCAUGUACGACAGGAGCCUGCUUGACACUCACUUCAGCCACCAACUUUCACCUUUACUACCUUCCGCCAGCCACCAGAAACAAUAAAAAAACUAGCGACGAGAAGUAUGUACGGCACAAGUUGAAGUCGUCGCAGAGAGACAAGGUACGGCAGUUCAUGUCCUUCACACAGGCAGGGGAGAGGACAGCCGUGUACUGCCUGACACAGAAUGACUGGAAACUAGAGGUAGCCACGGACAACUUCUUCCAGAAUCCAGACCUGUACUAUAAAGAAUCCAUGAAAACUUUAGCCGACCGCAAGAAGCUGGAGCAGCUCUACAACAGAUAUAAAGACCCCCAGGAUGAGAAUAAGAUUGGUAUAGACGGGAUCCAACAGUUCUGUGACGACCUGACCCUGGACCCGGCAAGCAUGAGCAUACUGGUGGUAGCGUGGAAGUUCAGAGCGGCCACACAGUGCGAGUUCAGCAAGAAAGAGUUCCUGGAUGGCAUGACAGACCUUAGCUGUGACAGUCCUGACAAACUGAAGGCCAUCCUUCCCAGACUAGAGCAGGAGCUGAAGGACACGGGGAAGUUUAAAGACUUUUAUCAGUUUACCUUUAACUUUGCUAAGAAUCCUGGACAGAAAGGUUUAGAGCUAGAGAUGGCUGUGGCUUACUGGAAUCUGGUACUGAGAGGUCGCUUCAAGUUUUUGGAUCUCUGGAACCGGUUCCUGACAGAACAUCACAAGCGUUCCAUCCCCAAAGACACGUGGAACCUUCUUCUUGACUUUGGCAAUAUGAUAGCAGACGACAUGUCCAACUAUGAUGAAGAAGGAGCAUGGCCGGUUCUCAUAGACGACUUUGUGGAUUUUGCACGACCGAUCGUGAUGGGCAAGAGUGGCAUGACAUAGUGUUUGACCCUCAUGCUUUAACUGGACUUCUCUCUUAGUUUUUUCCUUUUUGCAAAUGAGGAUUUUUAAAAAAAUAUAUAUACGAAUAAGCCAAAAAAAAAAGAGACUUCUUUGGUAGUCUUGUCCGCAGAGUCAUUGAACGUCUCUGCGGACGGAUGUUUUUAUGUCGACAUCAGGCGGACUUUUGGAAAUGGUUACUUUGGAAUCAUUGGCACUAAAACGUCCGUCAUCCUGCUGUGGACUCACUGACCAGAUUGUUUUGCACAAGGAGGGGAUUGUGGCGGGGGGCAGCAGCAGUUAGCGUCUUCCUUUUGCCAAGGAAUGAAAUCAUGCAUGUUUCUGUUGGUGCAAUGAAGCAGUGCCAUCCACUGUGCACUCGGUCUUCAUUGUAUGGAGCGUUCUGAGUUGGGUUCAUGCAGAGUGUUUUGAGUUUGCUUUUAUAAAACAAUCAAAGAAAGAAAUGGUGACGGAAUAGGAACGAGAUAAAGAUCCAAGUCAAUAUUUUAUAACGGGGGUGUCCAAACUUCUGCCACUGAGGGCCGCACACUAAAGAAUCAAAUCACGCGGCGGCCGUUUUGAUACCUUUCAUUUGCUAAACCAUUGCAAUAUGUAGGUGCCAGCACGGUGGUACAGGGGUUAGUGCACGUGCCUCACAAGACAAAGGUCCUGAGUAGUUCAAUCCUGGGAUCAACUUCAGAUUUAUCCGUCAAUUCUAAGUUUUUAUUAUUUUUUGUUUAAUGCCUUUUUUUUUAUUGCAAACACAAAAAACAUGCAAUAUUAUCCCUCCAAAACAUUUCAAAGUGAAAUAUUUGAUGUGAAGUAAUUCAAGCCUUAAAUAGGUCAAUAAUUCAUAACAUUGAUUUUGAUUUUUUUUUUUGAGCAAUGACAGUUAAAAAAUGGCCCCACUCAUAAGUGCUAAAAAUAACUCAUACAUUAUUCUUUUUUUUUACUUUCAACGCUUAUAUCUCUAGAUUAACUUCAGAUUUAUCCGUCAAUUCUAAGUUUUUAUUAUUAUUUUUGUUUGUUUAAAUGCCUUUUUUUGGGGGGGCAAACACACAAAAUAUGCUAUAUUUCCCCCAAAAAAUAUUUCAAAGUGGAAUAUUUGAUGUGAAGCAAUGAACGUUUUAAAGAAAAAAAUGUAAACAUUGAAACUUUUCCGCCCUUUUAUUCCACUUACUAGUAUUUUUAGAAUGUUCCGUUAAAAAGUGAUCUGCGGGCCGCAGUUUGGACACCUCUGUUUUAUCCUGAAUGACAGUUGGACCUGAGAAAAGGUGCAUUUUCCAGCUCUAUCACCAGCAAAGGUACAGUAAAGUCCUGUAUCUAACCGCGAGUGACCCGUUCAUGGAUCUCGUUUGCGCGUUUUAAAUGCCUUUUUGGGUAAGUUCCUCCCGCUGAAUAACGCAUAACUGCACUGAUUUCCACUUUUCUGUUAUCUGUCGGGCUUUGAUCACACUCUAAGCUGCUACGUUUGAUGUCCAUCAGUAUUGUACAUGUAUGUUAGUUUACACUUUGACACGCGGAAAAGGUCACGCUCUGAUAUUUACGCCGCCACAGUGCAUCAAAGCGGAUUAGGAAGACUUUAGUCAGCCACCCGUUGCCCAAGUAAGCAAUUGUUGUCUUCAUUAAUCAAGGUCGAUUUAGGAACAUUGUAUAAUCCCGCAGAGAUGGUGAAUGCUACAAAACUAGUACCACCCACGGUGGGCGACACCCAUGUUUUACACCACAGGCCUGUUGGCGACGUUGCCCUCGUCUGAACACUCAUGUCAUUUGUUGUUCUUCCCACCGCAUUCGAUUCUUUAGAAGCAGCAAACUGGGAGACGCCCUGAAGAAAAAAGGGUUGAUUUCGACUUGUCGUCAAGUCAUCCUCCCAGUUGUUGAUCCAAAGGCCAGCCUGGUCCUGAAGGCGUAGUUGUCAAUAAAGCAUGUGUGUCCGACGGAUAAACAAGGUCAGUCCUGAGUUCAUGCAAAAAGUUAUGGGAAAUAUGUCACCCUGUUAAUCAGCACAAUACAUGUGUCCACUCUGUUUCCCCGAAUGUGUAUUUCAAAAAUACAUUUAUUACUGCCUGCAUGGCAGGCCAUGUCUGCUCGGUAACAGGUUGCAUUCCUAUUUGAUGUCAUCAUCCUCAGGCUUUGUCUCCUCUUACUCCAGACUACGUUUGUGCCCACGUGCAAACUAAUGACUCAAAAUAAGGCGGGUAUUUAGGUAAGAAGGUUAAAGGGGAAAUGCACUUUUUUCGGUAUUUUGCCUAUUGUUCACAAUCAUUAUGAGAGACAAAAACUCACGCCUUCAAAGCCUCGAAAACAACUUCAAAAGCCUCCAUCAACUUUUUAUAUACACACUGCAAGUAUAUAUAUAAUGUAGUAGCAGACACCUUCAUACCAAUAUGUAAUAUGUACAAUAUACACACUGCAAGUAUAUACAGUAUAUAUAAUGUAGUAACAGACACUUUCAUAACAAUAUGUAAUAUGUACAAUAUACACACUGCAAGUAUUUAUAUAAAGUAGUAACAGACACCAUCAUAACAAUAUGUAAUAUGUACAAUAUACACACUGCAAGUAUGUAUGUAUAAUGUAGUAAAAGACACCUUCAUAACAAUAUGUAAUAUGUACAAUAUACACACUGCAAGUAUAUAUAUAAUGUAGUAACAGACACCUUCAUAACAAUAUGUACAAUAUACACACUGAAAGUAUAUAUAUAAUGUAGUAACAGACACCUUCAUAACAAUAUGUAA